GGUCAAUAACCCAUACAUAUCCAACGCGCGCUCGUGGAAAAAUUGUUAAUUAAUAUGUUUCUGAAAUUUUUAUGCGACAGAAACGGAAUGGCUACCCAGACCUCCCUCCCCCUCCCUCUGUGUGGGUAUCACACAACUCUUAUGAUGGCAGCCAUGAUGACCCUGGAUAUGCGACAGUGCGCGAGUUUAGACAACCCUUGAUGGCCAGUACGCCCAGAGUACGCUUGCUACAAGCCCCAGAUGAUGGCAUCGUCCGCUUUGGCUCCCACAAGUAUGAGAAUGUUCUCAGGCCAGAUCUUCAUGCAGCCACUCCUGGGGAGCAUUAUAUGGCUAUCACGAAUUAUACUCCUCCAGCUGAUCGCGCUGAAGACCUGCCACUAUCAACGGGUGAGACGGUGCGUCUCCUCUCUGAAGAUGGCGCCUGGGCUUUUGUCUGCACCGUGGACCCUGCCAAGAGAAGAGGGUGGGUUCCGUCAUCAAUGCUGAAGAGGAAAGGAGGUUCAGCGCAUCCCGCGACCCGGAGAUCGUUGUCUGUGGGUGAUAUUUACAACGCAUUUGAAGAUGAGCAAGCCGCGGGACAGAGGAUAACCCCAACCCCCAAGCCACCUGUGCCGACGCCGAGGAGUGAUCUGGAAUUGAGAAAGCAGCUUUCAGUGGAUUUCGUGGGUGCACCUAGUGAAGAGGCCCCUCCAAUGCCAGGCGCCCCUCCUGGUCAUGAUCAUAACCCUGGAAAGGUGAAUGAGCAUUACUUUGCGCGGGAAGACUUCACAACAAAAAAUUCCAAGUGUAUCUCCGUACGUAAAGGAGAGGUGGGUCAGUUACUGGAAGUGCAAGCCUCGGGCUGGUGGAAGAUGAGUGUUGAGGGUGUGGUCGGGUGGACGCCUGGUGAUUUCUGGGAACUGCUACAGGCUGAGGAAGAAUCACCUAAGAACAACCCAAGGGAAAGAAUAAGUUCUUUCGGGGAUGAGUUGUGGUACUACGGGAAAAUGUCCAGACAAAAGUGCGAGGAGCUUAUGUUGAGGAAUGCCAAAGAACUCGACUACUUGAUAAGGGAAAGCACUCAGAAGUUUGCGUCAUUCGUGCUCUCGGUCAAGUACGGUGGAAAAAUCCGUCAUUUUCCCAUAGAGCUGACGCCAAGUGGUCGCUACGUCAUCGGCAAACACGCGUUUGACGGACUGACGGAAAUCGUGACGUUUUACAAGACACACGCGUUGUUUUACACGCAAAACAAGGAGCCAGUGAACCUGGGUGAAUCAUUCCGAGGAAUGUAGAUCGUCUCUGCCAUGGUGUUAGCCUUCUUGCGAAGAAAUCCCUUCGGCUUGUCCGCAGUUGCAAUGAUGGACUAAGAUUUCUUUGACACGCAAUCAAAGAGAUAUCUUUACUUGUCACGCUGAAAGAUUGCGUGACUGUAACUUUGAAGUGCGCUGUACUGAUAAGAGAUUAAUCAAUCAAUCUCAAGAAUUCUUUGUUUGAUAAGUAGAUUAAACAAUUUAUCGGUUCCAGACUCUUACAAUCUGGUGAACGAGUCGAAUGAAGUAACCCUGAUUGGAUGAGAAGAAGUAUAUAAAUCACUUAUCUCCUCUCCUUUGUAGAAUUUUCGCUUCGCUGACCACAUUCCCUCCUUCUCCAUAUUCUAAGAUCUUGGAACCUGUCUUUCUGGGAAAACUCUCCGCACAUUUAGACGUGUUCAUCGCAUUUUCAACUAAGAAACUCGCGGCAAAAUAGAAUCCCUUUGCUUCAAAUAAAAACAGAUACAUUUAAUAAUAUAACUGGAAAAAUAGUACUGAGAAAUUUCUCAGUAACUUUGUCAGGGCGUGGCUGUGCAAACUAAGAAAUGAGCACAAUUUCUCCAAAACAGGCAUCACGGAGUAGCAGAUCGUGACAUGGUGUCUUGCUCCAAUUCGGAAACCGACGUUUUUCAGCAAAUGAUUCUCCACUUUCUUGGAAAAUUCUGUGUAUCCAAUAUGUUCUCCUGCUUGAGAAAUGCUGCGUAGGAAAUCGGAAGUUAAAAAAGCCACGUCACGGUUUACGCAUCUUGAAAAAUUUAACCUAAAUUUUUCAAGUUUGUCGUUUGUAAUCCGUGCCAAUCUUCU